AAAAAUGAGCACAAAUAACCUCGGCUACAGCAUGGAUGAUCUGUUUGGCCUGACUUUAACCUUUGAUCCUCUGAAAGAAAUGCUUACGAAUAUUCUCAAAAGCCAGAACGAGCUUCAAAUCGAAAUGAAAUUGCUGAAAGAAAGUAUGGGUGGCAAAGCUGGACCUGAAAUGAUAGAAAAAACUAAUUCAAAAGUAGCAUGGAUAGCGACUAACACUGAGAACCAGCUUCAAAAAUUAACAGCUAAGGUCGAUUCAAAUUUUAGGAUGACUCAGCAUAAAAUAGAGCAAAAUUUAGCCUCAUAUACCUCACUCUCUGGCAAAGUCCACGAACAGCAGAUGAAAUUUAAGGAAUUCGAUGAAAUCUGUAAAGAUCUGGAACAAAAAUCAAUUAGGACUGACACCCGGAUUGAUGAUCAAAUUUGAGAUUUCGAAAAUUAUAAAAUGGAUAUUGAGAUGCAAAAAUGGAAAGAAAAUGACAAAAAGAAGGACAAUGAAGACGUCAGUCAAGCUGUCGUGCAGAAAAUAGAGGAAAUGGUAUCUUCAGUCUCAAAGAAAGUGCAUCAUCAGGGUGACACUCAAAUUAAGCUCAAUGAUAAGAUCGGUGACCUCGAGACCAAGGUGAUCUUGCUAAUACAAGCAGCCAAGAACAAAAAAGCAGGCAAGGAAGAUCCCAACCUCUUUGACGGUGUUGGAGAAGUGGUCUCAGCAGUAGACCAUCUUAAAGAAAAGAUGAGAAGCCAAUAUACCCAGCUGACUGAAUUUAAAGAAAUAGAACAAAAGGUGGAGAUCCUUAAUAAAUUUUAUCUUGAUGAGAAGGAAUUCAAGUCCGAACAAGAGAAAGCUAAGGAAGAGUUAGAGGAUCGGCUUAGCGAUAUGAAAAUCGAGGCAGAAAAGCUAAAGAAAGAAAUGAAUAAUUUAAAGGAAGAUCGAUUCAAAACUAUCGAGAAUCAACUUGUUGAAAAAGUUGAUUAUUCCGAGUUUGAAGCCACUGUGAAUAAUAUCCAGAAUUAUUUUGAGAAUAACGCAAGCGAAAUUUCAGUAGAAUCAAAGUUAAGAGACUCUCAUUUUUCAAAGACUAUUCACGAGUUAAGAAGCAGUCAGAACAGGGAUGACGAGUCUGACUCCCUAGUGGAUGACGAAGAUAUAGAUAUAAAAUCAAGUCCAAGAAUAGAGAAGGAUUCACCUCCUGUUAGCCGCAAGCCUUCUAGAGAUCGAACCCCUGCUAUUACUGGAAAGCCAAGACCUUCUUUGACUAUCACCAAAAUUCAAGAAAGAGGGAGUUCCAAAAAUGUCAUCACUGGCUUAAAAUCUCCUACUAAAAAGAUUGUUCUGAAAAAUAAGAAAGCAUUGGGAAGGAAAGGUCCUUCCUUCAUUCCUCGAGAAGCUGUUCGUAUGAAAGAAAUGGAGCGGAAAAUCAAAGAUCUUGAUGAUAGAUUAGGCAACGUUGUCAAAAACUCCAAGGACAGUGUAGUCCCCAUAAUAGAGAAAAGGGUUGAUGGGAUCCGGGAAGAGAUUGAGAACAAAGCAUCUAAACUUGAGCUUAAAAAGCUCAAAUCGGACGUCCAGCUUUGAGCAGAAUACAAUAAAGAAAUUGAUAACGAAAUCACAGAUUUUAAGAAAGAUGGACUCGUUGGAGAGAAAGGGAAGAAAAUUGAAGAAGAGGUUUCUCUCACUUCGAGCAAGCUUGCUCAGCUAGAGGGUAAAUUUUCUUGGCUCCAUGAAGCUCACAAAGAGUUGAAGAAAACUACAAAUGAUUCAUUAAAGGCUUCACAGCCCUUGAUGAUAGGCAACAUUGAUACAAACAAAACUGUCAAUUCUGAAGUAGUCUUUGAAUUAAAGGAAGAGAUUCGAAAACUUGAUCGAGAAAUCAAAGAUUUAGCCAGCCAUCUUAAAAUAACUGUUGGAGAUCUGAAGGCCAAAAUUAGCGAAAAAGUGGAUGAAAGGAACUUGAGUGAACUAGAAGACCAGCUGACUACAGAUAUGGAUCAAAUUAUCCGCAGCUUCAACAGAAGAUUUGCAGAGAAACAAGAUACUAAGAAAAGUAUUAGACAUAUUGAAAGACAAAUCAGAGUGAUUCAUGAAACUGUUGGAAUUGGAGGCCCAAACUUUAUGAAUAAUAGAAUCUCUAAUGAAGUCAACCCUCUUUUAAAUCAAAAUGUGAGAAGAAGUAAUGCAGAACUCUUUGGCACUGAAAGUGAAGUCGAAAGAAGCAGAGGCAAUCCUCAUGAUUUUGGAGGAGUAGAUCCUUCCAGAACUUUCAAUGUAAAAUCACCAGAUUUUGAGCAGAAUUCUGUUAGAAAUUUAAAGAAGAACACCAAGCUUGGGAAAUCUAAUAAUGAGAAAAUAACCGUCCCUCUUCAAGGAAGCCUGACUAGUCGGAUAUAUAAUGACAUCGAUCUAGAUUUGGAAAAUGCUCCUUCAAAAUCUCCAGGAGAUGGAAGACAAAUUUUAGAGAACCUAAAGGGUCACAAAGUUACUAAAUCGGUUAGCAAAGUUAAUCUGGUGUAUCCAAAGGAUUUGAAAGAAGCUUCAAGUUCUCGCUUGCCAGAAAUCAAAUAAUCCAUCCUCUAUCCUUAAAAUAUCUUUAGAACGACGCUAUGAGCUUAUCUGAAUUGUCUAAAUCAA